AUGCCAUGGAAGAAGUUCAGUGAGGCCCAACCUUUGGCGGACUUCAUCUCACCAGACAUGCUCCCCGCAGACUGUGUAAUCAUUGAUCCCUCGAAGAUGACACAGAAUCAGGUCGAGGCACUCCUGAACCACUGGCGAGUGAGUGAAAUUGCCCAUGAGAUGGAAGAAAUGAUGCAGUUCUUGAAGUGCUGGAACAAGAAGGGCAUUGCCAUCCUCGCCAAGUAUGAUCCACUUCCACCACUGGAGCCAUUCGUCGAAGAUGAUCAUCAGGGCAAUGUAAAAAAGGCUGGGUCCAGUGACAGCCACAAACGCAAUGUGGAUAAGAUGGCCAAGGCAAAGGCGAAGGCGAAGAAGGGUGGUGGUGGUGGUGGCAGUGGCGGUGCUAGUGGAAGUCGAAAGGCUCACAAGACUCACAGUUGUGAGGAAUCUGAAGAGGCCCAAAGCAGUGAUGAUGACAAAGGAGACAUGCCAGAGCCGCCAUACCAGAACACAUCAGAGGAUGAGCCUGUUGGCCGUGAGCAUUCGCCAGUGCCUACUAACAAUGACCUGGUGAAAGAAUUAGCAGGCAAAGUGCCGGCAGCAGUUGGCACUCUGUUUGAACCUCACAUCCAUCUCAGGAGGCAGGUAUUUCUUCACAGCCUUUGUGCGGAGCAGCGAUAUCUGAAGAUGGUCAACAUCAUGCAGCGGACUUUCAAUGUGAGCUUCACACUAGGCACUGCGCACUUUCACUGA